GUGGACUUUGAUGAGCUUUUACUUCAAUGGCAGAGUCAAUUCGAACUUUUUCGCUUCAAUGGCGGAUACUGUCACUGAUCAUCGCUUUACUUGUGUACUUUCCGAUUCUGUCGGGAAGUUACUUUAAACCGUUCAAUGUGAGCUACGAUCACCGGGCUUUAAUCAUCGCCGGCAAGAGGCGCAUGCUCGUCUCAGCUGGAAUUCACUACCCUCGAGCCACUCCUGAGAUGUGGUCUGAUCUCAUCGCAAAGAGUAAAGAAGGUGGAGCUGAUGUGGUUCAAACUUAUGUGUUUUGGAAUGGGCACGAGCCUGUAAAGGGUCAGUAUAACUUUGAAGGAAGAUAUGACCUUGUCAAAUUUGUGAAGCUUAUUGGAUCAAGUGGUCUUUAUCUCCAUCUACGGAUAGGUCCUUAUGUUUGUGCUGAGUGGAACUUUGGGGGGUUCCCAGUGUGGCUGCGGGAUAUUCCUGGCAUUGAGUUUCGAACAGAUAAUGAACCUUUUAAGAAAGAGAUGCAAAAGUUUGUAACAAAGAUUGUGGAUUUGAUGCGAGAAGCAAAGCUCUUCUGUUGGCAAGGAGGUCCCAUAAUCAUGCUGCAGAUCGAGAAUGAAUAUGGGGAUGUUGAAAAAUCUUACGGGCAGAAGGGAAAGGAUUACGUCAAAUGGGCAGCUAGCAUGGCUCUAGGGCUUGGUGCUGGAGUUCCGUGGGUUAUGUGCAAACAAACGGACGCUCCAGAGAAUAUUAUUGAUGCAUGCAAUGGAUACUAUUGUGAUGGUUUUAAACCAAAUUCGCGGACGAAGCCAGUACUUUGGACAGAGGAUUGGGAUGGAUGGUACACGAAGUGGGGUGGAAGUUUGCCUCACCGACCUGCUGAAGAUCUUGCAUUUGCAGUUGCAAGAUUUUAUCAGCGUGGAGGAAGCUUUCAAAAUUAUUAUAUGUAUUUUGGUGGAACAAACUUUGGUCGAACUUCUGGUGGUCCUUUCUACAUUACAAGCUAUGAUUAUGAUGCUCCUCUUGAUGAAUAUGGUCUGAGGAGCGAGCCAAAAUGGGGGCAUCUAAAGGACCUUCAUGCUGCCAUAAAACUUUGUGAACCUGCUCUUGUCGCGGCGGAUGCACCUCAAUAUAGAAAAUUGGGAUCAAAGCAGGAGGCACACAUUUAUCAUGGAGAUGGUGAGACUGGAGGAAAGGUGUGCGCUGCAUUUCUCGCAAACAUUGAUGAGCAUAAAUCUGCACAUGUGAAAUUUAAUGGCCAGUCAUAUACUUUACCACCUUGGUCAGUGAGUAUAUUGCCAGACUGUCGACAUGUGGCCUUCAACACUGCCAAGGUAGGAGCACAAACUUCUGUUAAAACGGUUGAGUCUGCAAGGCCAUCUUUAGGUAGUAUGUCUAUACUGCAAAAAGUCGUGAGGCAGGAUAAUGUUUCUUAUAUCUCAAAAUCAUGGAUGGCUCUGAAAGAACCUAUUGGCAUAUGGGGUGAAAACAAUUUCACUUUCCAAGGAUUAUUGGAGCAUUUGAAUGUUACAAAAGACCGGUCUGAUUACCUGUGGCAUAAGACAAGAAUAAGCGUAUCUGAAGAUGAUAUCUCGUUCUGGAAGAAAAAUGGACCUAACUCAACAGUGUCGAUUGAUAGCAUGAGGGAUGUGUUACGUGUGUUUGUUAACAAACAACUCGCAGGCAGUAUUGUUGGUCACUGGGUGAAGGCAGUGCAGCCUGUACGAUUUAUACAGGGAAACAAUGAUUUACUUCUGUUGACUCAAACAGUUGGUUUACAGAAUUAUGGUGCUUUCUUGGAGAAGGAUGGAGCCGGUUUUAGAGGCAAAGCUAAGCUUACUGGAUUCAAGAAUGGAGAUUUAGACCUGUCAAAAUCGUCAUGGACGUAUCAGGUGGGAUUGAAGGGCGAGGCUGAUAAAAUAUAUACUGUUGAACACAAUGAAAAAGCUGAGUGGAGUACUUUGGAGACCGAUGCUUCACCUUCGAUCUUCAUGUGGUACAAGACAUACUUUGACCCCCCGGCCGGAACAGAUCCUGUUGUUCUUAAUCUGGAAAGUAUGGGAAGGGGGCAAGCUUGGGUCAAUGGACAACAUAUUGGAAGGUAUUGGAAUAUCAUUUCCCAAAAGGAUGGAUGUGACAGAACCUGUGAUUAUCGUGGAGCCUACAAUUCAGAUAAGUGCACAACAAAUUGUGGAAAGCCUACACAAACCAGGUACCAUGUACCGCGUUCGUGGUUAAAGCCGUCAAGUAAUCUACUUGUGCUCUUUGAAGAGACUGGGGGAAACCCAUUUAAGAUAUCGGUUAAGACAGUUACUGCUGGGAUUCUGUGCGGUCAAGUCUCGGAAUCGCAUUAUCCACCUCUGCGGAAAUGGUCCACACCAGAUUACAUAAACGGAACAAUGUCGAUAAACAGUGUGGCACCAGAAGUGCAUCUGCAUUGUGAAGAUGGACAUGUCAUAUCCUCCAUAGAAUUUGCUAGCUAUGGGACUCCAAGAGGUAGCUGCGACGGGUUUUCUAUCGGGAAAUGUCAUGCAUCCAACUCAUUAUCAAUCGUCUCUGAGGUAAAAUUAUAUUGCCUGCAACACUGGCAACUGAUUCAAUCAUACGAAGGAAUCUAAAAACCGGUGCUGGAAACAUAACUCCAAUUAUAAUCCAAAGUAGAACUUAUGAUGAUCUUAAUUUCCUAAGCAAGCUAGUAGAAAUAUUUUGGGUGCAAAUUGUUGACAUAUAGCUCUAAAACAGGUUCGUAGCAAUUGCGUACUAUAAAUUUUGUGGACUAUCUGAACAGUUCUUUGCUCUCUUCUGCAGGCUUGUAAAGGACGCAACAGCUGCUUCAUCGAGGUAUCAAAUACUGCUUUUAUCAGUGACCCAUGUAGCGGAACUUUAAAGACUUUAGCGGUUAUGUCACGAUGUUCCCCGUCUCAAAACAUGAGUGACCUCAGUUUUUAGACACCAGGAAGCGGCUCAGAACGAUGAACAGCUGUUUCUCUAAGAAACAAGAGACCAUUGAUAUUGAUUAAAGAAGUGUAUGUCCCAUCACAAGCUUUCUUUGACCUUUAUAUUUCAAAGUCUGAACUCUGAACAAUUGUGUUUGCUCUUGUUCAUUGGUGUAUCCAAACUCUACCUGGAACCAAUUAACAGACUCAAAACCAUCUCUAAGGUUUCUUACCGUAUGUAAUGAUUUAGAUCUCAGUGGUUUUAAAUGCAAAUAAUAUUUAUGUUUAUCC